GCAGCGGUCAUGUGACGGAUCCCCCAGGCACGCUUUGCGCAGGCGCAGGGGCGAGGCAAAGAGAGGAGGGGCGGCGAGUGGAGGUGGUUCCCUAAGUGGGUCCCGGGGAACUGCCAAGGAGCCCCUGGGCGCCUAGAGUUAAUGUCCAACAGACGUGAGCACCUCUGAAUGUCAGCAGUAGCCCCUGGACAAGAUGGCCUGUGCUGAUGUGGUGCCAGUGUCCCCAGAGCUCAGCUCAGGACUCAGCAGAGGUGGAAUUGAAAUGUGAGUGUAAAAUACCAGAUUGCAAAUAUUCAGUACAAGAAAAAUGAUGUCAGCCAUUUUUAUAUUGACUAUAUGUUGAAAUAAUAAUAUACUAGAAUGAUUGACUCAAACGAGAUAGAGCGUGGCUUUACCUGCAUUUUGCUGUUCUAAUGUGGCUAUGAGAACAUUUUGAAGUGCCCACGUGGCUCGCCUUUGCAGCUGGAAUUCUACUUUCCUCAAACAGUGCCCCCAUGAGGGAGCUUUCAGAGCAGGAUGUGCCCUCCCACUAACUCAUUCCACACUUUUUAAAACAAACAAAUUCUGCCUCGCAGGGCUUUUGAUUUCUGAGUUGCUAUUGCUAUUGCUCAAUCAAGGACCUAGCUGGAGGCUCAGGUGCAAGAAGAACCAGAAGGGCUCCUCUCCCCAGGGGACAGCCAGGGGGCUCCACAUAAGGAUUGCCCCCCACCCCCAACAUCUGUCUCCUGCUGCCGCCUGCCCAGAGCCCUCUGCCCAGGCCACUCAAGCUGCAGAUCAGUCCUGCCCGGCCACUUGUCCACGGGUCUGCUGGGGAAGGCGGUGGAGCAGGAGGCGGAGGAAGGCGUGCAGAGGUACCUGGGUGAGAGUGCCACAGGUGUGACCGGCUACACGCAGAAGGCCAGUCAUGGCGAGGCCAGGGCUGCUGCUCCUGCUCCUGCUUCUGGCUCUGCAGCCACUACAGCCCUCCUCACUGCCCAGGCCAGACACCACAGAGGGCAAGGUCACCAUCGUGGGCCUGAUCCUGUCUGCACUGGAGAGAGCCACCUUGUUCCUGGAGGAGAGGCUACCCGGAGUCAACCUGGACGGUGUGGUGGGGUUCCGGGUGCUAGAAGCGCAGCUUCAGGGUGUGCAGGAAGAGUGGGCGGCCGACCCCCUGCUGGGGCCCCUGAGCCUGCGCACCAGGCAGCUGGCAGACAAGCUGGCGGCUCUCCUGCGCAGAUCCAUCUUCUACCUGGAGCUGAGUGACCCCAGAUACCUUAGAGAGUUCCGGCCGAGUCUCCAGCCCGGAUUUUGGAAGCUGCCCCGCACCUGGACGCACACCAACACCUCGCUGGUCUACCCCGUGCUGGAGCCCGAGGACUCGUUCUCAGAGGAAAGCAGCGAUGCAUGCCUGGUGCAGCUGCUGGGAACCGGGAACAGCAGCCAGCCCUGCAGGAUCCCAGACUUCUGCAGGACACUCGUGACCCAGCCCAACUGCUCAGGCUACAGGCUGUCCCACCAGCUGCUCUUCUUCCUCUGGGCCAGAAUGCAAGGAUGCACAGAGGGACUGUUCCACCAGAGUCAGCACUACAUCAGUGUCUUCUGUGCCAACAUGAUGGAGCUGAACCGGAGAGCUGAGGCCUUCGGAUACGCCUACCCGACCAGGGACCUCUUCAUGGAAAACAUCAUGCUCUGUGGAAUCAGCGGCUUCUCUGACUUCUACAAGCUCCGGUGGCUGGAGGCCAUUCUCAGCUGGCAGAGGCCUUGGGAGGGAUGCUUCGGGAAGCCUGCUGCCAAGGAGGAGGACCCCCCCACGGCCCCUCCACGCCGCCCGCACGUUCUAAGAGUGAAGAGGAGAGAGAAGCAAUUCACAGACUGGCCUUUGUUAAAAUGACUGACGCUAGCUGGGCAUGGUGGUGCACGCCUGUAAUCCCAAAGCUCAGGAGGCUGAGGCAGGAGUGCCAGGGGCCAGCCCCAGCGGGGUCCAGGGAGUCCUGAAGGAGGAGUGGCGUCAGCGAAAUGAUGAGACAGGAGUCGUUCCGUUUGAGCAAUCUUCAGAGAGAGAGCUAGAGCUGCUUUCUCUGGGUCCCCCUUUUAUUACAAUUUUUCUCAUCAAUAUAGUUUCACAAUACAUCAUUGAUUAUAUAAUUUAAAACUUUGCCAAGACAUGACAUUUCCUUAACCAUGAUUGAGAGCACACCGAUCUACAUUCUUCCAGGAUAUGACCCCCAGCCAUACAAUCAUCAAAAGUACAGAAUCAUCAAUAAAACAUGUCACCAAUUUACUUCCUUCAGAUUUUCCCAAGAUUUACUAUUUUUCCCAAGAUGUUAUUUCCUUAUUAACUAAUGCCAAACUACAUAACCAGACUCUAAGUCUCCUAGCCAAUCAUUAACCUAAAGUACACCUGUACUUUAUUUUUAAUCUAAAAUUCCCAUCUAAAAAAGUCCCUUUAAAUCUUAUAUUUAAAAUGUCCUAAAGUUUAUGAAUCAUCCUUAAAAC